UUCCGCUAACCUGCCACGAUAUAAUGCCCCAUGAACGGAUGGAAAGACCAAGAACUUUUCUCCUUAAAAGGCUUUUCUUCGACAAUAUACCUCAAAUGUUGGCGGGUAGGCAGUCUCACGCAGGCAGCAGGCGACGAGAAGAACUUGGGGGCAACAAGGCGAUCCGAUGGGAACUUGCCGGCGUUCGUCGCCUGCAACGAGCUCUGGUCAAUGCCCUUGCGUCGGCGACUCGGGAUGGCGAUGUGUUCCGCAUGAACCUCAUUGGAGGUGCUCUAGGAAUACUUGCAAAAGCGAGGGCCUUCGAAUCGUUGGGUGAAGGCAUUCACUUAGGAGAGGAACAAGAUGUCGCAUUGCUCCUAUGCGAUGCGGUCUAUAUUUUCGAACGAUCUUGCGCCAGAGAGAGCGAUUCGCAAGAUCCCUUGGUGAAUAUAAUUCGGAACAGCACCAGGGGCGAAGAUUUGGCAAAACUAGUGAUUGACAGCGGCCUCAGCUAUAUCGUUAACCCGAGUCCUAUUUCAUUUGGCCUUCGACACCCUCGGCAAACACCGUACCGGUACUUUCAUUCACAGUUGAAAGAAGCUCUUGAGAAAGCACAGAUUGAGUCUCCUGAGGAUAUCACGGUGAUGGCGAGGGAACUGUUGGGCGGAAUGUUGUUCGCACAUGUCCCGGGUGAAGAAGGCGCUGUUGAGCGUGGCCAGUGGCCACUCCCUUGAUUAAUGACUUGCAUGAAUUUACGAGAAUACCGACUCGGAGACAGGAACUGACAUCUCUAUUGAUAGCUUCUAAUAUCAAUAUCAUCU